AUGGAGACGGUUAACGUGAAGUUGUUGCUGCUGGCGUUCUUUGGCCUCUGUACGGCUGCGGUGACUGGUAUCACCGUUUCCGGUAAGGAGGUUGAGGCUACCAGAGCACUAGGCACGAAUGGAGACACUGGCGGAACUGGCGGUUCCUUGACUGAAAAGAGAGAACAAGCUGCCGAGAGGCUUGCAGCCCUCGUGAGGACCAUGAGCGAACAGCAUGAGCGGGUCGUGGGCGGUGAGGAUGGGCUAUCCUAUCAGAGUCGCCGUCAAAACGAUCCAUGCAGCAACUACAUUGUGCUGAACGAGGCAUCAAGGAACGUGGAACAGGUGAACGAUGGUAACGCGGACGGCUGUGAUAGCGGGUUUGCCGGAGAGUGGUAUCGCUUCAUGGGUGCUGCUGGGAACGUCAUGCCUACACAGGCGCCCCCGGACGUGUACAGGUGCGGUACCGACGCCCCGAUGUGGAUGAACGGACAGCACCCCUCCAUGGCUGACGGCGAGGUGUCCCGCCAGGCAUGUGCGUACUGGAGCGGUAACACCUGUAGCUGGCAAACAACCAUCCAGGUGCGGGCCUGCAGCGGCGGCUACUACGUGUACAAACUCCCCGCGGCUCCUGCGUGCAGCCUGGUCUACUGCGGGGCGACGGAAGAUAUCGACGACUGUGCCGCCAACCCUUGUGCGAACGGUGACUGUGUGGACUUAGUGAACAGCUACUCCUGUACCUGUUACUCUGGAUACGAGGGGGACAACUGUGACAUAAAUAUUGACGACUGUGCCGCCAAUCCUUGUGCUAACGGUGACUGUGUGGACGGACUGAACAGCUACACCUGUACCUGUUACUCAGGAUACGAAGGCGAGAACUGUGACAGAGAUGUCGAUGGUUGCUCCCCCAAUCCGUGCGACCCCCUGGCCACCUGUCAGGACGUCAAGGCACCUGGGACCGGCGCCACGUGCACCUGUGCGGCAGGGUAUGAGGGCGAUGGGGAACUAGGUGGAUCUGGAUGUACAGUGCCUGUUCCUCCAUCGGAAAUGUCAGGUUCUACCACUUGUACCAAUGACUACAUGGAGGUGUCAAUUCCUGAAGAGGAACUAAGUGACAUCGACCAAAACAACCUUCACUGGGAGCCUGACCAGAACUGUGGUGCCACAACUAACGGUACCCACUACCUUUUCCGUACUGACCUGUACGGAUGUGGCACCAAGGUCGCCUUCGACCCCACGUACGUCACCUUCCUGAACACCAUCAGCAUCCUGGGGGCGCAUAACGACGCUGGCGUCAUCAGUAGAGCAAGUGACGUCAGGAUCACCUCCAGGUGCGAGUACAAGCGCGAGCAGUGGGUGGACUCCACCUUCAUGCCCAUCCCGGGUGGACUGAACUUUACGGAGGAGGGGUUCGGACAGUUGGAGGUCCGUCUCUCCAUGUUCCCCACACGACAGUACCAGAGUCAGUACCGGGCCAACCAGUUCCCCAUCCACCGGAAGCUGCGAGAGAACGUCUACCUGCAGCUGGAAGUGCAGGGGCAUGCGCAGAACCUCGCCGUGCUGGCGCUGAACUGUAAGGCAACCAUGUCACCGGAACCUAACGACACCCUGCAGUAUCAACUCAUCAACGACGGCUGUGCCUCUGACCCAACCCUGGAUAUCUACAGCACCAAGGAUGCCAACAAGGAGCGCUUUGGUUUUGAGGCGUUCCGUUUCAUCAAGGAAGUGAAGUCGGUGUACGUGCACUGUGAGGUGAUGGUCUGUAACGCCGCGGAUCCUGGGUCUCGCUGUGAACAGGGUUGUGUUGCGAGACGCAAAAGGGCAUCUGACGAUAAAGUGGACAUGAUCGGACGUCACAUGAUCCGCCUGGGACCAAUCGUGCUGGAUGAUGACGACUCAGCCUCAGGCAGCCUGCGCGAACGCCGCAGUGCAGCCUGGUCCCUGCUGGCUGCCGGAGGAGGUCUGAUGGCGCUCGCCCUUGUCGUGCUGGGCGCGGCCAUCGCGAAGCGGUCCCGCCGGGAGAAGUGGGCCUACCAGGGGCUGACUCAAGUGGAGGAGGAGGAAGGGUAGACGGAGACUACAGGCUAGCGAGACGGGCGUCAUGUUUAACACCCUGUAAUGUCACAAUUUGUCUCGCGGUCUACACUUUUAGAUGGAUCGUAUGAUAAAUUUACCCCCGUGUGUCUUGAUAUGGUAUGAUAGGCAAAUAUCUAUGUCAUUAAACCAUUUGCUCAUAUCAAAAUGGCAGAUAUAUACAACUUUGCACCUCUUUUCUUUAUAAUACAAUUAUCAUAUCCAUAUUUCAUAGAUAUGUUUAGUUCUCAAUUUUACCUCAUCAUGGUCACUUGUUUGUUAAGCUGGUAUGUUGGUAUCUACUGCAUGUACAUGUAUGGUUAACGAAUAUACUGUUCCUCGUUGUUUGAGAUGGGUAUACGAAACAGCAACAUCAACUGUACACAAUCCAAUCAUCACAAUAAAGAUAGAAUUGAUAAUAAGAUAUAACAAUGUGUUGAUCAAUGAAUGAUCAGUAGGAAAAUAGUAUCAACAUGUGGGAUAAGACAUAGUUCGCAUCGUUCUAUAUAACACAGUAUGAGUAUAACAAAGUUAACAGGACCCAGGAGAUAUUUUUCUGUAACUUUCAACACACUUAACAAUCCUAACACUGUGUUCCAAAUAUUCCACAGAAGAAUGCACUAUGAUAGGUAGGUUUUUGUGUUGAAUAAAAGACAUUUCCUUAUUGAAAAAGAA